GUCAGCGUAGAGAAUGAAGAAGAUGCAAUACGGGUAGCGAAAGAAGUUCAUGAAAUUCACCGAUCAGGAGGGUUCGAAAUUAGAAACUGGAUUUCCAACUCCCAAAGAUUUCUGAACGCCUUGUCUGGUCAAAUGAACUCCGAGAAAAACUUGAAUAUUUGUUCAGAACUAGCCACCGAGAAAAUAUUGGGGAUGUAUUGGGACACCGCAUCCGAUAUGUUCAGAUUUAAGCUCUCCUCACGCCACGAUCCUGAACUUCUGUUGGGGAAACGUAUACCAACGAAGAGAGAAGUGUUAAGAACUCUGAUGAUGAUAUUCGACCCUCUCGGAUUAAUCGGGCAUGUCCUCAUGUAUUUGAAAGUGAUCCUCCAAGAGAUUUGGCGAGCUGGCACAGCUUGGGACGAAGCUAUAGAUAACGAUCUUUUCAGGAAAUGGUUGCAAUGGUUAAAAGUGUUACCCAACUUAGAAGAUAUUCGCAUUCCUCGCUGUUUUCGGGCAUUGACCUCCGCCUCGAGUGCAACAGAAGUGCAGCUCCAUACGUUUGUAGAUGCCAGCGAGAGUGGAUUCGCUGCAGCUGUAUUCUUGAGAUUCGAAGAGGGUGUACACAUAGAGUGCUCGCUAGUUGGAACUAAAACGCGUGUUUCACCACUGAAAUUUUUGACCAUUCCUAGGUCUGAGCUGCAAGCGGGAGUUCUUGGGGCAAGAUUCGCUUCGAGUGUCAUCAAGUCUUUAUCGAUCCACAUCUCCCAUCGUUUUUACUGGACCGACUCUAGAAAUCUAUUAUGCUGGCUUAAAUCCGAUCAUCGUCGCUACAGCCAGUUUGUCGGCACGCGCGUGAGUGAAAUAUUAGAGCUGACUGACAUCAGUGAAUGGAAUUGGGUACCAACCAAGGACAAUGUUUCUGACGACGGUACGAAAUGGAGAGGUGUUCCUGAUAUCUCCGAGAACAGCCGAUGGUUCAAAGGUCCACCAUUUAUCUACCAGCAAAAGCAAAAGUGGCCUAAAAUUCCAUCGACUCUAGGGGCUACCGAAGAAGAACUACGACCGAGAUUGAUGCUGCACUACGCUACCUGCCAGCCGAUCGUUGAAGUUGAAAACUUCUCCAAAUGGGUCAAACUGUACCGAUUGACUGCAAUGUUCUUGAGGGCCGUUAAAAAGUUCAUCGUUUUCUUGAAGAUCAAAAGAGAGUCGCAGAGACCAUGCAUUUUAUUACCACUAAGUCAAGAUGAGCUUAUUGCAGCACAAAACCUUUUGUAUCGUCAAGUUCAAAGCUAUGCCUACCCCGAAGAAUAUUCCCUUCUACAGAAACCAUCGAAUACUUCCUUACCUAAACGCAGUUCACUUUUUCGCGUAUCACCGUUUCUAGACGAACAUCAAGUUAUGCGCAUUCAUAAUCGCGCUAAAAAUUGCCAAUUUACUGACCUAGAAUCUAAAAACCCAAUAGUUUUGCCACCCACGCACCAUCUUACCAAACUAAUCGCACAACAUUACCAUCGAAAUCUGCUACAUCGCAAUCAUGAAACCGCAAUCAACCGUCUACGUUUACGUUAUUAUAUCCCAAAAUUGAGAGCUUUCUUCCGUAGAAUGAGAGGAGAUUGCCAACAAUGUAAAAUCGCAAACGCUAAACCACAACCACCAGCAAUGGCCGAUCUUCCUGCUUCGAGGUUGGCUGCAUUUUGUCGACCUUUCACGUACGUGGGUGUGGACUAUUUCGGUCCGAUACCAGUUUCUGUAGGUCGUCGGUCAGAGAAAAGAUGGGGCGUCUUAGUCACCUGUCUAACAACCCGAGCAAUCUACAUCGAGCUGGCGCAUUCCCUUACAACAGAUUCCUGUAUAAUGGCCCUAAGAGUGUUCAUGGUUCGACGAGGUGUUCCUGCAGCCAUUUACAGUGAUCGUGGAACGAAUUUUAUAGGAGCUUCGAAAGAAUUGUCCAUAGAACUGGAUAAGAUGAAUCAAAACAAAUUGAUAGCAGCAAUCGUAUCUCCAGAUACCAGAUGGGAGUUCAAUCCGCCAGCUUCUCCGCACAUGGGUGGGUCGUGGGAGAGGCUCAUACAAAGUGUGAAAAAGAACCUGCAAAACAUGACGUUGACUAGACUGCCAUCUGAUGAAGUACUCCGGUGCGCAUUGACCGAAAUUGAAGGGACAGUCAACUCCAGGCCUCUCACCUUUGUUGCAUUGGACGACGAGGAUUCACCUGUUCUAACGCCGAAUCAUUUCAUUCUGGGAUCGUCGGAUGGCCUGAAACCGUUGGCCCUCUUUGACGAUAGUUCUAAGGCGUUGAAGAAAUCCUGGCACACCUCUCAGUUGAUCGCGAACAUUUUCUGGAGACACUGGCUCAACGACUAUCUUCCGUGUCUUACACGGCGGUCCAAGUGGUUCAAUCUAGCUCGUCCGAUUUCCGUAGGAGAUGUCGUCGUGAUUGCUGAUCCCAACUCGCCCCGGAAUACGUGGCCUAAGGGCAGAGUCAUCGGAACAAGCCAUGCCAAAGAUGGACAAGUGAGAUGGGCAGUCGUCCAGACGGCGCAUGGUAUUUAUGAGCGUCCUGCUGUUAAGAUCGCGGUUCUCGACGUUGGCGUUCAACCUAGUGCGUCCCAGGAGGAAUGUGUCCGCACUACCGGGGGGACUGUUAUCGGCGCCGUGUCGAAUCCCUCGAUCAGAAACGUCCGAUCGUAAACACCAACACAAUUGUACGAGGGAAAACGUCAUCGGACUUGUCAAGUGAUAGGCGGAAAACGAGGGUGAUUUUUCUAAGCUGGCGUCUUAAGUGAUAGCGUGAUUUGCGAAAUCAGAAAAGUUCCGAGUUGAAUAUUAAGUAUAUAGUUUAUUCGAAAGUUCUAAGUUAUAAAAAGGUUAGUACAUUAAAGUAAUAUUCGCGAAUUGCCUCUAAUAGUAAUUAUACCCGAACAGAGCGCAGAUUAUCGAAGGUUUCUUAAGUGAAGGUUAGGAGUUGCAUUUGGUUGCACUUGGUGCAGCAACAAACGGUGAGCAACCAUGUGGAAAUUAAAAUGAACCUCACGUAACUAAGUUUAUAUCCAUAUAGGAACCGAUUAUAUUUGAAACCGAUGAGAAUAGUACAGGGAAAAAGGAUUUGAAUGUACACUAAACGAGAAUUUUAAUCGUUCCUGAAAUACACGAUUAAAAAUUCCGGAAAAAAGC